AUGCAUGUCCUGUCAUGUUUCAUGCAUUCUGAUAAGGAAGCUCUCACUGGGAGACAAACAAAGAUCAAGGAGAUAUGUAAAGACCCUCGUCUGUUUGUUGACGGCAUCAGUACUCGUGACUUGCACCAAGGCAGUCUGGGUAACUGCUGGAUGGUGGCUGCCAUUUCCUGCUUAGCAUCUGAGCCAUCUCUGUGGAAGAAGGUGAUCCCAGACCAUGUGGACCAGGAGUGGAACCCAAAGCGUCCCAACCUGUACGCCGGCAUCUUCCAUUUCCGGUUCUGGAGACUCGGUCGUUGGACGGACGUUGUCGUUGACGACCGUUUGCCGGUCAGCAGUGAUGGAGUGCUGCUAUUCUGUCGCUCGGCCACUCCACGGGAGUUUUGGAGCGCUCUGUUGGAGAAGGCCUACGCCAAGCUAAACGGCUGCUAUGAGGCCCUUGAGGGAGGAAACACCACGGAGGCCCUGAUCGACUUCACUGGAGGGGUUUCGGAGCCCCUAAGCCUGGAUCGUGAGGCCCUCAGCCAGCACAGCGACCAGAGGAGGGCCUUCUUCCAGACAUUGGCUAAAGCUCAUGAACGUAAAGCCCUCAUCACCUGCUCCAUACGGCCGGCAGAGGGGGAGACAGUGGAGUCGGUGUUGGACUGUGGCCUGGUGCGAGGACACGCCUAUGGGAUCACAGCAGUGAGGAAGAUGAGGCUGGCGGAGAUGGGUUGGAUGUCCCGACUCUUCAUGGUGCGCAUGAGGAACCCAUGGGGGACCACGGACUGGACGGGUGCCUGGAGUCAAGGGUCGCAGGAGUGGCAUCAGAUGAGUCGUGCAGAGAGGGAGAAGAUGGGCCUGAUUGUUCGAGAUGUUGGGGAGUUCUGGAUAGAUUUUGAGGAUUUCUGUCAGUACUUCACAGACGUGGUGGUGUGCCGGAUGGUGGAGAGCUCUCUGUUGUGGCCCAGCUCUCACUGGAGGGAAGUACGCUGCUAUGGGGAGUGGGCGUCAGCUCCUAAUUCCCCUCCGUCCACCAUCUAUCCCAGCAACAACACGCUGAGCUUGGGAAAGACCAACGCCAAACCUGGAGAGACUAAGCAGCGAGGUAACAGGAAGGAGGCCAGACUUGGGGAGCCGAAGGGAGGCAAAGGAGGGAAGCGUGAGCAAGAUAAGGCUGUGAAAAAACAGAAAAAGGAAGAGGAUGGUGCAGAGGUGGGAGGAUGGGAGGCACAGAUGGACAAGAGGAGUCGGUGUGGAGGGUGCAUCAACCACAGAGACACUUUCCUGCACAAUCCACAGUUCAUGUUUGAGGUGAGAGGCAAAGAGGAGGAGAUGUUAAUCUGUCUGCAGCAGGAGGACAGGAGGAUACAGAGGAAGGAUGGAGGAGGAGAAAACCUGCCUAUUGGCUUUGAAGUGCUGAAGGUGGAGGUGAACCGCGGCAGCCGGGUGCAGUGUGUGGUGGAGCAGGCGGCCAGCUCCGUCUACAUGGACUCCCGCAGUGUGACCCUGAGGGGGGCUCUGACCCCGGGGCGCUACGUGGUGCUGCCCACCACCUUCCUGCCAGGAGCAACAGGACGCUUCCUGCUACGCCUCUUCUCCCACUCCCACAUCCCUCUCAGUGUCUGCAGCGUCCUCUCUUUGUCUUCACUGGAAAAUGUGCCAUUAGGUCCUUGCGUACAUCCAGUGGAGGCUGUGAUCUCUUGGAUGGGGCCCCGUUUGGUGGACUCCCAUCACCUGAGGAUGGUCCCUUCUGAGCAUUCAACGGGCUCCUCGAUGUCACUGUUGCUGCUGGGCUCCCGUUAG